GCGUCCAGCAGGAGGGCAAAUGUCUGCAGACUACGUCUGACUGUCCCUCCUGAGAGCCCAGUUUCUGAGCAAAGUGAGAAGAAGAUUGAGAGGAGAGAACAGUGUCCUGACCUAAGCAAUGGAGAAUCUACCAGGAAACUCCCUCAGGGUGUUGUUUAUGGUGUGGUGCGAAGAUCAGAUGAAAAUCAGCAGAAAGAAAUGGUGGUGUAUGGGUGGUCCACCAGUCAGCUGAAAGAAGAGAUGAAUUACAUCAAAGACGUGAGAGCCACUCUGGAAAAAGUAAGGAAGCGAAUGUGUGGAGACUAUGAUGAGAUGAGACAGAGGAUCCAACAUCUCACCCAAGAACUGUCGGUUUCUCAUGCUCAGCAGAACUAUCUAGAGAAUCACAUCCAAACCCAGUCGACAGCCCUGGAUAGUUUUAAUGCCAUGAACUCAGCUUUGGCGUCGGACUCCAUUGGCCUGCAGAAAACUCUUGUAGAUGUUACUUUGGAAAACAGCAACGUUAAGGAUCAAAUCAGAAACUUGCAGCAGACGUACGAAGCGUCCAUGGACAAGCUGCGGGAAAAGCAGAGGCAGUUAGAGGUAGCCCAAGUUGAAAACCAGCUGCUGAAAAUGAAGGUGGAAUCGUCUCAAGAAGCCAACGCUGAGGUGAUGAGAGAGAUGACGAGGAAGCUGUACGGCCAGUACGAGGAGAGGCUGCAGGAGGAGCAGCGGAAGCACAGUGCCGAGAAGGAGGCUCUCCUGGAAGAAACCAACAGCUUUCUGAAGGCAAUUGAAGAAGCCAAUAAAAGGAUGCAUGCAGCGGAGCUCAGCCUAGAGGAGAAAGACCAGAGGAUUGGGGAGCUGGACAGGCUGAUUGAGCGCAUGGAAAAGGAACGCCAUCAACUGCAACUCCAACUCCUAGAACAUGAAACAGAAAUGUCAGGGGAAAUAGCUGAUCCUGACAAGGAAAGGUAUCAGCAGCUGGAGGAGGCCUCGGCCAGCCUCCGGGAGCGGAUCAGGCACCUGGAUGACAUGGUGCACUGCCAGCAGAAGAAAGUCAAACAGAUGGUUGAGGAGAUUGAAUCAUUAAAGAAAAAGUUGCAACAGAAACAGCUCCUAAUAUUGCAGCUUUUAGAAAAGAUAUCUUUCUUAGAAGGAGAGAAUAAUGAACUACAAAGCAGGUUGGACUAUUUAAUAGAAACCCAGCCCAAGACUGAGGUAGAAACCAGAGAGAUUGGAGUGGACUGUGAUCUUCUACCCAGCCAAGCAGGCAGGACCCGUGAAAUCAUCAUGCCUUCUAGGAACUACACCCCAUACACAAGAGUCCUGGAGUUAACUAUGAAGAAAACUCUGACUUAGGCACUCGAAUACACACACUUUUUAUGGAUGGACAAAAGGCCCUGGAACCCUGUGGCUUGAAGUCGGGAAAGGGUGGCUGUUGUUUCCACAUACACAAAGUAAGCCAGAAUGGAAAUUGCGGAGGUUCUGAUUCACUUCUGAGACAGGAAGGAAAGUGAAGGGGGAGGAGACAGGCAAGAGAGGGAGGGGCACAAGGUCGCAUGUCAAACACCCAGUAGUACAGCGUACCCUGCUGUACUGUGUCAUCAUCUGUUUUCAGUGUAGACACUGAAAUCCUAUCAGGAUAAUUCCUUCACAAUUCAUUUUCUGUUUUGCUAGACUCGGUUGGGGGAGAAAAGGGCAUUCAUUUGAAAUUUCAUGUUACCUCAGGAUCAUUUGUUACAGCAUGAAGGUUUUGUUUACCCAUAAAAGUAUUAGAGGCAGUGUUUCUCUGGUACAGAGAAGCCUGUUCUCAAGGAGCCUGGACACCCAGAAAAACUUGAACCUGGAGGGAAGGGUUCCCAGUGUGCAGAUGCUCUCUCCUCGGUCCCUAGGAUCUGUGCAGGGUUGUGAGAGCCGCGGUUAGGGACAUGUGUGGGCCAGACAAGCUUCAUUCUGAUGUGCUAAUCUCUUGGUUUAAUUUGUGCCUUAUGCCUUUAUUGGACCAGCUGAAAUCACUGUAUUUAUUCAACCUGUGAUUUUUUUUCUCUCACUUUAACUUAAAGAGAAUGUUUUAUGCUGUAGAAGUUUAAUCAUUUAAUGUUUUCAAUAUCAAUUGGUGUUUUUGUUUAAUGAAUGAAUAAAUCUGUUUAUGCACGCUCUACUUUGAUAUUAUAACCUACAUCACAUAUGUUUAAUAAAUAUCAUAUAUUUUGUUCUA